GUUGUUAAUUACCUCAUUUUCCUUUAAGCAACACUAGGCAACGUACAAGAUUUGCCCCACUUCUGCCAUUGAGCUCCUUUUACUCUCAAUUGGCCUGAGGAAACCACCCAGCUUCAACGUGGAAUGAUGGAAGAACUUCGCAACGAGACACCCAAAGCGCUUCAGCCCCCAGAGUCACUUUUAACUUCUGAUUCAGCCAUUCAUAAACAAGCUAAUCCUCAGAAUCUGGAUCAACUCUGGCAAGAAGUAUCCACCAAUUAUGGUUCGGAUAAAUCUGCUACCUGCGAGGCUCUAAUGAUCGCGCAGGGAUUCCUGCGAGAUUGGAAAAGGGAGAGCCUGUCAGAAAUCGAUAAAGCAGCUAUUGAAAAUCUCUAUAGCUGGGCGAGUCAAUUGGCUAUCCCGUCUUCAGUAUUUGCCGAGUCUCUCGACGGAUCUUUAUCGCCACUGCUAGACCAGAGCCGCCAGAUAUGCACUCUCGCUGUGUCGGUGAUUUCAGCCUUGGCUGGUUUGACACCCUUACACGCCGUGGCCGCUACAGAGGACAUUGUGGUUGCUCUGGCAAGUGUUACUUCUGAGGACGAUGCCUGGACUACACACGAGGCGUGCUCUACCUCCAAUGAACUGUUGAAGAGCUUCUCCAGUGACUCAGAAUCAUCAACAUUUUGGCAUAUACUGGAAUCCAUCCUCAAAAAUCGGAUCAAACCGCUUUUCGCAAAGACCAAGAAUCCUGCAAUAACAGCAACCGGCCGAAAGAAUCUUCACCCCAUUCCAUUGCCUCGGUUUGAUCUGAGUGUUCUGGAUCCUGAGACAAAGCCAUGGAAGAUACACGAUGUCCAUAUCACUACCGUAUUCUCGUGGAUUAUCCAUCAGUAUCAGUCAACAGAUAUCACGUAUCUGGAAGCACACUUCCCUCUUCUAGUGCCGCCUAUCCUCACGUUAAUUGACGAUGAGAGCGUCUCCGUCAAACGACGUGGUUGCCUCCUAUUAACUCAACUCCUAAACCCAAUUCGUGAAAGCAAAUCUGACAUUCUCCGACGAACAAAUCUUUCCUCCGUGUUUGAAGAUGCUAUCAGACCCUGCUUCCACUCGCUUCCAACAAUUACACCAGAAGAUGAUUCCAUCCAGCUCCUCGCAGCAGCAUACCCAGCUCUGCGCGCCCUCCUUCAAGCAAGCUACAAAACACUCAUCCCUCCAGCUAACCAAGCCCCUUCAAUAAGUUUGAAAGAGGAGGAUAUGUUCAUAUCAACCACAACCAAGACUUUACGCGAUCACCUCAUUCCCUCCUUCCACCAUAUCAGCUCCACAAACACCACGUCAGAUUCUACCUUCGCUUCGUUCCCUCACCCCCGUCUAUCGACUCUUCUUCUCAAUCAAAUCUGCGCUACGUGCACGGAUCUAGGAGUUCAUACUACCAAAUAUCUUCAGGAUAUCGUUCCCCUCCUCUACAGUACCCUCUCCAACCCUUUUGGAACUGCACAUCCACCCUUCCUUCUUUCAGCGGUCUCAGUCGCAAGGGUCAUAAUCCUAAGCGCACAUCCACGAAUUUGGAGAUGGCGAGGCGAGCUCCUAGGUGCAAUAUGCUCCUGCUGGCUACACAUCUUGGGGGAGGAAUCCGAUACCGAACACAGAGGGUCAAAAUCUACAUCAACGCCUUCUCCAGAAGAAUCUAGAAGGUUACAGCUGGAAAAGCUACAUAUGGAACUCCAGGGCCUCGCAUAUCUUUUACGAUAUGCACUCGAAAACCCCAUCCACCUAGAGGGCGAUGAAGGGCAACGCGAGGCGCAAGACAACAUAGCGAAAGAGAUACAGAUGUUGGUCGAGGCGGACGACAAUGUUAGAAAUUGUCUUCUUCAUGAAGUAAAUCCGGAUGAUCCAGGUUACUUUGGGUUGAAUGCCUGAUGAUACGAUACCUAGACUGGAGCGCUUUUCACCUGUCAGACAGCCCUUGCUCAAAUGCAUUACGUGCAUUAAUUGAACCUUGGCGAGUAAAUGAUAUGCUUGGUAGCAGUCCCGGGACAAAGCAACCGGACACAGCGUUUCCCCAGGUAUACGAACCCAUACGAACCCUAUUCUGUCUUUGGACCCUGCUGGAAGUGUUUCGCCCGCUCCAAGUGGCCGACUCCCUCAAAGCUUGCGUUUUAUGCUCGCAGCCGAUUUCUAAGUCUUCCAGCCUCCAUAGACAUACGCCGGUCAAUGAAUGAUUUGACCUUGGAAAAGCAACAAGUGCUCUAGACAUCUUGAUCACGCGGAAGCUUUGUAUCUGCCCUAGUUCUCUCCAAUCCCCUCAUCCAAUCGCAAUUUCGCAGUCACUUUCUCUACGAGAGCAGUAGAACUGGCGACAAAACCCAAAAGGCGUUGUAUAAAAGCUCUCAUGGAAAGCAGCGGAUCAUGCCAUUUGACCUUCUGGUCCGUUCACCGAUCGUCUUCCCUGUCGCCAUAUAUCUAGCCACGCUAUACGGCUGCCUCUACCUGCUCUUCACCACAGUAACGGAUAUCUCGAAACCCCAUAUUGCUGGAGCACCGGAAUCAACGGCCUCGCAUAUCUCGGAGUCGGGGUCGGCCUCAUCGGAGGCCAAAUCGUCUUCGCACUAGCCACUGACCGCAUAAUCAGGCGACUCAAGAAGCGC